UUACCUUUUUGUCAUUUUCCAGGUUGAAGUGCCUAGAAUGACUCGCACUCACAUACCGAUCCUGGACCUGCGGAUGAAAUGUGGCUCCGUAGUACACGAUGUCUCACUGUGGCGGGAAGAAGCACUUAACGAGCUCUAUGUCGGGGACAUCAUUGAGCUCAGUCACCUGAAAGUAAACGGAAGACCAGAUGGAAGAGCAAAAUUCGACUCUUCUAAUCACACAACUUUUAAGCUUAUUGAUAGGGAUAUCCAGGAGGCAGUUCUUGAGAUCGUUGGAGUGUCAGAGAUGCACGACAAGCUCAUCCUCCUGGAUAGCCAUAUGGAUGAGUACAUAGUGCCUGUACAUUUCUAUGCAGGCACUAUUGAGGAGCUGGCAAACCAGCUCCCACUUCAAUUAAAACUCAGGCACAUCUGUGGAAGCGUCCUCCACGUGGAACCUGCCAGUGUGAAACAGGUCCCUCCAGAUGUACCUUGUGGAGGAUCUGCUGGUGUGGAACAGGUCCCUCCUGACGUACCUUGUGGAGGAUCUGCUGGUGUGGAUCAGGUCCCUCCAGACGUUCCUAGUGGAGGAUCUGCCAGUGUGGAUCAGGUUCCUCCAUAUGUUCCCAGUGGAGGAUCUGCUGAUGCGGAUCAGGGCCCUCCAGAUGUUCACAGUGGAGGAUCUGCUGACCCCAAUCAGGUCCAUCCAGAAGACACUCAGGACUCAAUGGACUGCCUUUUCUAGGGUUUGUGAGGAAAGGUUCAAGGGGUGUUCAUAAAACUCUCACCUUUUUAAUCGUGACAUGUAUAAUGAAUAAAACUUUUUUUUGCCAGCUUAUCACAACUGUCAUUAGGUGUCACAAAGCAAAAAAUAGGUUACGAUGCAUUUAUGUCAUGUUGUUAUGAACGUGUUGCCAUGUCACAUUAUGUAAUUUUAGCAUUUAAAAUGGCAUAACUGUGCUAAUGACAGUUGUCAUAAGCAUGCAUAAACUCUUUCAUAUACAUAUCGUGUCAUGAUUUUAAAGUUUUCAUGACAGUCUAAUGAACAACCCUCAAGUAAAGUUUCCAGUUUGCUUAAUUUUCUCAAUUAGGCUACAGUCAUUUAAAUUUGUUCUUUACAGUUCUGUUUUACCUUUGUUCUUUACGGUUUCUAUUUUACAUUAGGCUAGUUGAAUUAAAUAUUUGAAACAAUGUAUGUGUAUUUCGGUUUUGUUAACUAACACAAUUAUACAAUUGUAAUUAAUAAAAAAUUAAAUGUG